GUUCAGCCAACCGCAGCUCGAGCGGGUUUGAUCGGAAACAGGAGCUAACUCUUCUUCACCUCCUCCUCCUCCUCCUCCUGGCUGUGAAACGCCGCUAGCUGCGAUGUGAUUGUGCGGAGGGAAAUUGUCGAGGGAAGUUAUAAUUGACAUUAUCGCAGCUGAAUGGACACAACACCCUGUCGUCCGGCUUCGUUUCACGGGAGGAGGAAGAACCGCUAGACUCGUGUUGUCUUCCCUGGCGGCGGAAAUAACCGAAGAAGAAGAAGUAGAAGAAGAAGAAGAAGAAGGGACCGCAUCCCCACACAGACACAAACAUGUCCUUCUUCAAUUUUCGGAAGAUGUUCAAGUUGGGGCCCGACAGGAAGAAGAAGCAGUACGAGCAUGUCCACAGGGACGUGAACCCGGAGGACAUCUGGGAGAUGAUCGGGGAGCUGGGGGACGGAGCGUUUGGGAAAGUGUACAAGGCUCAGAAUAAGCACAAUGGGACCCUCGCUGCUGCCAAGGUGAUUGACACCAAGACGGAGGAUGAACUGGAGGAUUACAUGGUGGAGAUCGAAAUUCUGGCCUCCUGCGACCACCAUCACAUCGUCAAACUGCUGGAUGCCUUUUAUUUUGAAAGCAAACUUUGGAUCCUGAUUGAGUUCUGUGCGGGCGGCGCAGUGGAUGCCAUCAUGCUGGAACUGGAGAGGCCCCUGACAGAGCCUCAGAUCCGUGUGGUGUGUCGACAGACCUUAGAGGCCUUGGUUUACCUCCACGAGAACAAGGUCAUCCACAGAGAUUUGAAAGCCGGGAACAUUCUCCUCUCCUUGGAUGGAGAAGUGAAACUGGCUGACUUUGGGGUUUCUGCAAAAAAUACCAAGACGUUACAGAGAAGAGAUUCUUUCAUCGGCACUCCUUACUGGAUGGCUCCCGAAGUAGUUAUGUGCGAAACGUCCAAGGACCGUCCGUACGACUAUAAGGCCGAUAUCUGGUCCCUCGGGGUGACCCUGAUAGAGCUGGCACAGAUUGAGCCGCCCAACCACGAGAUGAAUCCCAUGAGAGUGCUGCUGAAAAUAGCCAAGGCCGAGCCGCCCACACUUAUGCAUCCCUCUCGCUGGUCGUCACAAUUCAACGAUUUUCUGCGGAAAGCACUUGAUAAGAAUGUGGACAAUAGGCCGGGCCCAAUACAGCUUCUACAGCAUCCCUUUGUCAGCAGUGUAACCAAUUGCAAACCACUCAGAGAACUCAUAGCCGAGGCCAAAGCUGAAGUCACAGAGGAGAUCGAGGACAGCAAAGAGGAGGAGGAGGAGGAUGAGACUGAUACACCUCAGGCUGUUCCUGGGCACAAGCGCGCACACUCAGAUGUCAGCGUGGCCAGCUCAGAGGACGACAAAGCUCCCCAAACUCCAUCCACUCUGGAAUCUGUUACAGAAAAGACGGAGGUCGAGCCUGCUGCAGACAGGACCAGUGAUAAGCUCUCAGAUGAAGGACUUGGAACAAGUGAGGUUGACAAGACUGAGGAGGAGAAACUCAAUGAGGUGUCUGAUGCCAGUAAUGAAGACCUGGCCUCGCCGACAGUAGAGCCCACCAAGGACUCUGUCUCUCAAGAUCUUACAGAGGAUAAACCAGUAGAUGAACAAGGUGAAGUGAUUCCUGAGGAGCCUGUAGUAGCAGAGCCUGAAGAGAGCUUAGAUAGCUUAGACCUAUACACAGAUGGCCAGACAACAGAGGUAGAAGAGAAGGAGACACAAGAGGAGAAAGCGAAGGAUGAACCUCGACAAACAGAAGAAGAAAUUAAGCCUGAGGAUGUGAAAGAACAAGUAGAAAAAGAAAAACCAGAAGCAGGAACAGACGAAUUUACAAAAUCCCAAGAGCACCCUGAAGAUCCACAAGAGAAACCAGAACCUAUAAUAGUGGAUGUAGCACAGGCAGGAGAAGAAAACAAAGAACAAAGUGUGGAGACACCUCAACACAAAGUGACAGUUACUGUAGAAGACACAGUUGAUUUCACAGAUGCAAAUGUAGACAAAGAUAAUAUAGAAUCAAAUCAAAAGGAAAUACAUGUAAAUGGAGAAACAGAGUCAAAGUCACCAGUGGAUUCGUCCACUGACAUUUUAAUAGAGAAGCAGACCAAAGAAAAUCAGCCUGGAGAGAAGCCUGAGAAUGAGGCACCUGAACAAGAUAAUCAGACUAGAGAGAAAGUUGCACUGGUUGAAGAGGCUACAACUGAAUCCACAAAUGGAGUCAGCGAUGAAGUCAAAGAAGCCUCCGAAGAACCAGAACCAGUGGAACCAUCUAAAGGCAUCGCCAUGAAGGAGGAUGAGGAAACAACUAGCCGUGCUGAUGAGAGCAUUUCUCAAGAUGCCGUUUCUGUCCAAGAGAGCGAAACCGACUCUGAAACCAAGACAGAGCAAGGAAGUCCUGCUGUGAUCAAGCCAGAUGUGGAGAAGGACUCGGACUCUGGAAGCAGCUCCGCUGCUGAUACUAACAGCCUUGAACUCAAUCUGUCCAUCUCCAGCUUCUUGUCCAAGAGCAAAGAAGGGGGCUCUAUUUCUAUGCAGGAGUCAAGACGUCAGAAGAAGACUAUGAAGAAAACACGUAAAUUCCUGGUGGAUGGUGUGGAGGUCAGUGUGACGACAUCAAAGAUAGUGACAGAUAGCGACGCCAAGAGUGAGGAGAUGAGGUUCCUGAGGCGGCAAGAGUUGCGAGAGCUGCGCCUCCUGCAGAAAGAGGAGCAGCGGGCCCAGCAGCUGCUGAGCAACAAGCUGCAGCAGCAGAGAGAGCAGAUCCACCGGCGCUUUGAACAGGAAACUACUGCUAAGAAGCGUCAAUAUGACCAAGAAGUGGAAAAUCUUGAGAAAAAGCAGAAGCAGACGAUUGAACGCCUGGAGCAGGAUCACACCAGCCGACUGCGAGAUGAGGCCAAACGAAUCAAAACGGAUCAAGACAAGGAACUCUCCAAGUUCCAAAACAUGCUGAAGAACCGCAAGAAGGAGGUCAAACAGGAAGUUGGACAGUCUCCCAAACACUUGAGAAAAGAGCUCAUGAAACGCGUAAAGGAGGAUCUUUCGCUCCUCAAGACUGCCGAGGAGCAGGAGUUCCUACAGAAGCAGCAGCAGGACCUGGACGGAGCUCUGAAGAAAAUCAUCCAGCAGCAUAAGCUGGAGAUCGCCACUAUUGAGAGGGACUGCCUCAACCACAAGCAGCAGCUGAUGAGAGCUCGAGAGGCGGCCAUGUGGGAGCUGGAGGAGCGCCACCUGCAGGAGAAGCACCAGCAGCUGAAGCAGCAGCUGAAAGACCAGUACUUCCUGCAACGACACCAGCUGCUGAAGAGGCAUGAGAAAGAGAUGGAGCAGAUGCAUCGCUACAAUCAGCGGCUGAUAGAGGAGAUGAAGAACAAACAGAAUCAGGAGAGGGUUCGUCUACCCAAGAUCCAGCGCAGUGAGGCCAAGACCCGCAUGGCCAUGUUCAAGAAGAGUCUCCGCAUCACUGCCACGGCAUCUGUCACCCCGGAGCAGGAGAGGGAGCGGAUCAAACAGUUUGGAUCUCAGGAAGAAAAGAGGCAGAAGAACGAGAGACUCAAUCAACACCAGAAACACGAGAACCAGAUGAGAGACCUGCAGCUGCAGUGUGACUCCAACAUCAGGGAGCUGCAGCAGCUACAGAAUGAGAAAUGCCACCUCCUGAUUGAACAUGAGACCCAGAAGCUGAAGGAGCUGGAUGAGGAGCACAGCCAGGAGAUCAGGGAGUGGAGAGAGAAGCUCAGACCCAGGAAGAAGGCGUUGGAGGAGGAGUUCACGCGAAAGCUCCAGGAGCAGGAGGUCUUCUUCAAGAUGAGCGGUGAAUCUGAAUGCCUUAACCCCACCACCCAGAGCCGAGUGUCCAAAUUCUACCCCAUCCCGAACCUGCACAACGCCGGUUUAUAGCCUCACGUCUGUCCUGCACAAACAGACUCAACCACGCUCACAGACGCCGCCUGGUGGUGGAGCAACGUCGGUCCUCUGACCGUUGAGUGAUCCAAAAAAAUGAAAAUGUCUUCACCUCUCCGAUUCCAACAAAGAGAGAGCACACUUGUUGAGAAAGUGUCCGAGGGAUAAUAUGCACUUUUUUGAGCAUGUUGAAAAUGUUAGCAGUCUGCCGUUGGUAGAUAAGCCCAAUCAUGCUUAUGAGAACAUUGUGAGCACAGCCUGCUACAGUAUGAAUGAUCUCCAGUGCCUCAUGUAUCCUGUUUUAUGCAUUCAGACACUCCUCUGUUGUGUUUUCUUCAGCUUACAGUAAAUACAGUGCCCCCACCCCCUCGAAUGUGUUGCACUUAAAUAACUUUUUGUCAUUUCCACCCAUCAUUGCAAAAUACAUUUUCUUGUUCAUCAUUUCCCGUGAGCUGCUGAAUAAUCCUGACUCUGAGAUCCUGCUUUGUUGCGUAGAAGUCGGAGCCGGUUCACAGCGAGAUGUUCUGUGUCUUCUAACUCGUGCAGUGUCUGUUGUUGCCAUGAGAGAAAAGUUAUCGCCACGUUGUGAUCAUAAGUCUGUGAGUUACAAUGAAAACGAUUGUACUGUGUCGUAAACGAGUGAAACGUUACAUGUCUGUACCUACACGCGAAGUAAAAUUUAAAGUCCUGAGAGACGAAUGAACAAAAAAAUACAACUAUUGCUUUCGCACAUAAUUUCACAUCCGUGCUGUUAUCCAAAAUACACAACUCCCGUUUGGUGAAACACAGCGGUGGCAUGUGUUUCUUCCUGGAGAGAGUGAAAAUCCCUUUUUUUCUAUAUAUAUAAUAUAUAAGUAUGAAAUAAAUCACUCGACCCUCCGGGAGUCUUUUCGAGCAGUGUUGUGAAGUUAGAACACAUGUGGAAACUAAAGGAAUGUAAAGCCGUUGAUUUGCACUGUUUUGCCACGAGAGCUAAAGAAAAAAAAUAUAUGCAGUUGAAUCAGUCAAUUCAAUUUUGACAGCGAGUCACCUUCGUCUCACCAAAGCCGAUUCAAAUUUUUUUUUUUUUAAAUCAUUUUACCUUAUUUUUCAAAUUUCCUGAGUAUUUUAUGUUCACAUCCAGUUUCCUGAAGACAUAUCCUCCGAUGUAUUGAAGCUGUCAUCACUCAUUAUGCUGAGAACAGUGUUGCGUGAGAGUUACGAUGCUGUAUCUGUUACUGUAUGAAUUUCAGUGUGUGAGGAGACAUCCUUCGCUGUAUUUUAUUAGCAACGUAUUGACGGUUCACGAAGAGAGAAACGUUUUUAUUCUGAGAUAAAGAUGAUUAUUUUGUUCUGCCACUGCACAUCGUCAAUGCACGUUGUCAUUUCUGUACGCUGACACCAUUGUUUUGUCGUGAAUGCUGGAUUUGUAUUGGGGUUAUUGGAGACUGUGUGUGUGAAUUACACCGUACGCCCCCAUAGAUUUCAGAUAUUUUUUUAUUUUGUUAAGUUUCAGCAUUUUAAUCUGUUGUUACGUUGUCAUUCUUCCACCAUGGAUAUUCUUGGUAUAUACAUUUUUUGAUGUCAAAUCAAAUGUAUUUAAAAUGUUCGCACAAAUGGGACAUGUUUUUAUUUCGUUGCUGUAAAUAAAAUAUGGACUGUA